AUGGUUGUUAUAUCUGGUUCGCCGUGGGCCAGGAAACUUGUGUUUCUGGUCGUUUCUGUUAAUAUCUUGUUCUGGUGGUAUUAUUUCUCUUUUCCUCAAUCCGACGACAUUAGUCCGCCGCCGCCGACAGUCGCGGGGAGCGAUACGAUAGAAGAUAAAACUGUGGGACUAUCGAAAGGAAAAGAAGACAAAGCUACCAAAGCGGCCAAGGCGACGAAGGGGGAGACAUCCGGCGAAUCGAGUAUCGACAAGAAAGGCUUCAAGACCUUUCGCUCAUGGAGUAAUUUUGACGUUGUCAAGCCAAAGAACGAAAUAACCUACACAUACCGCCGUUUCAAAAGCUCGCCGCAUAAACCUCCUCAUAUCGAAUGGAACCCCAACGGCGGAAAGCUCGCCGAGGGCUAUAUCUUUAUCACCCCUCAGUCUACUGGGGAGGACAAGGGCCUUGUGCAGGCCGCCUCCCUCAUUAUGAAGCAGAACGCAGAGAUGAUCUAUACCCACGAUGACGAUCCAUACGAGUCGGAGGGUCUUCGCGUACAGACCAUCGACAACGAACAGUACUUGACGUUAUGGCGCGGCACAAGAAAGCAGGCCUAUGGAUUCGGCGAGGUUAUCAUAAUGAACAGCGAGUAUGAGAAGACGACCAUCCACCUCGACGCUAUUAUUACCAACUUUUACGGCCAGAAGUUCCUAGGAAUGCUUGACUUCCACGAGCAAGAGCUGACGACAAGGGGAACUAUCCUGGUCACGGCGUAUAACACCACUGGGUAUAACCUCACGGCCAUGGGAGGUCUAGAACAUGGCUUCGUCAUUGACUCGUUGUUCUUCGAGAUCGAUAUCGAGACGCAGGAUGUCCUCUUCAGCUGGAGUGCGCUCGACCACUUCUGGCCCGAAGACUCUAUGCUUCCUCUCAUCUCAUCCAGCGGUAACGGAGGGCCAAGUCGUCCGUACGACUUCUUCCAUCUCAGUUCGAUCCAGGCGGUCAACCACGAUUCGUUCUUGAUCAGCAGCCGGAAUUUCUGGUCGGUUUAUCUCGUCUCCCGAUCUACUGGUCAGAUCCUCUGGGAACUGAGAGGAAAUACCAGGGGAGGAGAUUUCGGAGCUCUGCCACCCCACGGUCGGUUCCGUUGGCAGAAUCAUGUUCGUGCGCACAAUGUCUCGUCUCGGGGAAUGAUGAUCAGCAUGUUCGACAAUCACAACAGCCCCGAAGAUUCUGGUAGGACCAAUUCGCGCGGCCUACUUCUGAAGCUCAAGCUACCGCCCAACGUGGAUGAGAAGCCUGAGGUACUGCGCAUACUGUCGCCUGAUCGCGCAAAGGUUUCUCCAGAGUACGGAACCUACCAAUUGGAUCUGAGUAACGGGAAUCAGUUUAUGAGCUGGGGCGCUGGGGGUGUGGUGCACGAAUACGGACCGGAUGGUGGCCAUGAUCUGCGUUGGCAGGCACGCUUUGGCUACGAUGACUCCAUCACGAGCUACCGUGCCUUCAAGGAUAAAUGGAAGGGUACUCCCAUGGCUUGGUCGCCGGCGUUGGUGAUCGAAAAGAACGGAGAUUCAAUCCUGGGCUUCGUCAGUUGGAACGGCGCCACGGACAUCGAAGCGUACAACGUAUACAUCGUCGGAACAGGCACCACGCCGCGCCUAUACGGAAAAGCGACAGUGUUUGGCUUCGAAACAGGAUUCGAUCUCGGUGCUAAGUUCAACGAGACGAACUGUAUCAUGGCUGCGGCUGUCAGAGAUGGACUUGAGGUUCGGCAGUCGAAUGUAGGGUGUCUUCAGGGCAGGACGUUUGUGUCGACGUUCACGGACGCCAAUGGAGAUGCAUCGGGCGAUUCUAUUGUGAGAGAGAGUUUGAUGCAGAAGAUUCUAGGAGUUUGGUAUCCGUAA